AUGGAAGACAGGGUUAGAAUUAUAGAAGAGAUUAUAAGAGAGUAUGAAGGUGAAUUUGAUGAGAAGAAAGCUGAGAAUUUGAUGAAGUUAGUUUCAAUUAUGGAGGAAGUUCAUCAAAAGGACAAAGUUGUCAUUCCACAGAAGAAAGUAGUUUAUGAAGUAUUUGAGAGUCCAAACAAAGAGACUGUUAGUAAUUUUGUUGCAGCAACAUUUGAUGAACCAUUUGGAAUAGAUAUUGAAAAGACAAUGGAAGAGUUUGAGAAGAAAAAGAGAAGUAUUGAAGAGCGAAUGAAAAUGAUUGGAGAGAUGAUGAGACAUCAAGAGGUUAAAGAAAAAAUAGGUCAAGAAGUGAUUGAGCAAAUAGAAACAACAAUUCAAAAUAUUGAGAAUAAAUUAAUUGAACAUCUUUACAAAGGGAUUCAAAAAGAUAGAGUGAAACAAGAAGAAAAGAAAGAAGAAGAAAAGAAAGAAGAAGAAAAGAAAGAAGAAGAAAAGAAAGAAGAAGAAAAGAAAGAAGAAGAAACAGUUGGAGUGUCAAUUUCACAAGAAAAUGAUAAUAAAAAAAGUUGCAAACAAGAAGAAGAAAGAGAAAUAGACAAAAAAUUUGAGAAAAGAAUUAAGGAAAUCAAAGAAGAACAAGAAAAAAGACGAGAAACUUAUUUAGAAUUUAAGAGGAAAUAUGAGGAACAUGGAAAGAAUAAGGACUAUUAUCUUCAAAUGAGGAAUCCAAGUACAGAAUGUGAGAAUGAAAUCCAAAUAGGAGUUGGUGUAAAUCAAAAGAACAAUGCUAUUAUGGAUGAGAUGGAUACAUACGAAGGAUUAAAUGAAGAGAACAAGAAAGUCAAGAAAGAGAUGAUAAUUGAGAUUGAAAAAGAGAUUGAAGAGAUUGAAGGAAUGGUUAAUGAUAUGAAAAACACGAAAAUGGAAUUAGACCAAAUCAAAGAAGAAAAGAAAGAAGUUAAUAAAACAGUUAAAAUAAAAGGAAAUAAUCAAAGAUACGUUAGACCAACACAUAAAGUAGAAGAUGAUGAAGAUAAUAUCAAAAUUGAAGUCAAUAAAAAGACUGAAACAGACAAAAUAUUUGAACAAAUUAAUUGGAUGAAAAUGGAAAUGGAAGUUAAAUUUGAAGCAAUUGAUAGAGGAAGGUAUUAUGUGAUGUACACAAGA